AUUGUGUCGAAGCAUGCGCACAGUGAUAUAAUCGGUGUUUGCUUCCGGUCAAUUUUAUCAAUGUUCACUAAAAUCUCACAGAAUAUAUGCUAAAGCAUGAGUGACAGUGAUCCUGUUACUUUAGAAGGACAGGCAGUAGAAGAAAUUCUCAAAGAAGCAAGACGGUCCAAAGAAUUAGCAAAAGAUUUUGGUGCCCUUGCAUGGCAGAAGAGGGAUGUGUUACCAAAUAAACGUUUCUUGAACAACACCCUUGUAAGCACUCUGAGGCACGGUUACCGUCAAGAUAAGAAAAUGAAAGAUGGCAGUUACCUUAAGUACAAGCAACACAUGUCCAGUCGCAGACGUAUAGGGGGCAGAAGCAGAUUUCAAUCGCAUCAUGAUCCUAUUGAAGAAACAGGGCAAGAGCCGGAGAUUGUUGAUUACGGAGAAUUUGAUGCAAUGAAGUAUGCAGAACAGUGCACUGGUCUGUACAUCAGAGAUUCACACAAAAAGCAUGCAAAAAUGCGAGAAAAAUUUGUGGAGAAAUCAGGCAACACCAGCUCUGAUGAUUCAGAAGAAUCAUUUACAGAGUAUGAUGAUGCUUCUACUGCACGUGGUGAUGACAAAACACGGAGACCUGAUAAGUUUUCAAGUAAAUGGACAGACACCGGUUCAGCGGAUGAAUACAAUGACGAACCCAAUGAACCAAGUGACAGCAAAGAUGCUAAGCGUUCUAGUGCAGUCAGACACCUUGAAUCUGAUCCAGGGUCAGAGGAAGAAAGCAGUCUACGCAGUGAAUACAGGAAGUAUGAAAACUCAAGAAAGAAGAAAAAGGAUGCAACCCAGCCUGGUACCUCCAGAGAUUAUGACAGUGACAAUGAAAGUGAUCCUUCUGGGACUGAGCAGACAAAAAGAAUGGGGCCAGAGAUAGAAAAGAGAAAAGCUGAAAAUGUUAGUAGUGGAAAUAAUUCAGGGACCGAAAGCACGGAUAACUCAAGGCAAAAAAAUGUGACUAAAAAAGAAAGGAAAACCAAAAAAUUGCCAGUGAAAGGUAAAGAUCUCAUGGAAAUCAUUAGCAAUAGAAGUAUGUAUGCAGAUAUUGAAGAGCUGAGAGAAAAGGGUGAGAAAGUUGUAGAUGAUGAUUUGCCACAAUCUAAGUUUGAAAAAGACAGAAGAAAAAGAACAGCAAUUAUAUGCAGUGAGAAAGAAAUCGAAAAUGAAAAAGAAAAGAAACCAAAACCUUCAAGAACUUCAAGUGAAAAGGAAUCUCAAAGACAUAAAUCUCCUGAAGGUUAUAUUAAAAAAUCUCAAGGUAGAACAGCGAUGUUGUAUGAAGACAGAGAUGACGAUGAAGAAAGCAGCGCAAGUCACCAUCAUGAAAGAAAUAGCAGGUCAGACAGGGUCAGGCAUGACCAAAGUGAAGGUGACAGACCAGUGAGGCACAGCAGAUUUGAAGAUGAAAGGGGUAGGAGAGAAAAUCAUAGGUAUCACAGAGGUCGAGGGAAUUUUCAUCGCUCAGAUAGAGGUUUUGGUAGAGGCAGAGAAUCAAGAUUGCCCGAUCAUGAUAAAGGCUAUCAAGAAAGAAGUAAUAGCAAUGCACGUAGGAGAGAAUCAAAUGAAAGAGAAAGUAGUUCUCACAGACAUUCUGAAGAAAGAAACAGAAGGAAUAGGUCAGAGUCUCCAAGAAAGUCUGAUGUUGAUGGUUUUUGGAGGGGCAAAGAUAAAUUGGAAAAAGACAGGAAAAAAACUGAUCAGCUAGAUUUUGAUGAAUCUACUGACAUAAGUGAACUUGGAAUACCGUACAAAACUGUUGGAGAUGAAUGUAAAGAGGAAGACGACCUCUUCAAUAAUGAGCAUAGAAAUGAAUUUAGUGGUGAUAGAGUUUCAGGGUUUAGAUCUCGAAGACCUUAUCGUGGUAGGCCGUUUAACAUGAGGGGAUUUCCUUUCCCAAGGGGACGACCAUUUAGAGGCAGGCCACCAUUUAGAGGUGGUGGUUUUCCAAUGAUGCCGAUGCCUGUUGACCCUUUUUAUGCCACCUUUAUGCAAGAGUUCUUGAAAGAAAGUGGUUUUGAGGAAUGGUUAAAAAAGAAAGCUAAGAAGUUUCACAGGCGCCACUCUGAUUCGGAUUCAAGUUCUUCCAGGUCUCGGUCUUCUCACAGAAGGUCACACAGAUCCAAAAGGAAAAAGCGAAGACAUUCAUCAUAUAGUGACAGAAGUAGCUCCAGGUCGAGGUCCAGACAUAGGUCUAGAAGCAGAUCGCGACGUAGAUAUUCCUCCUCCUCUUCUAGGCACAGAAGUUCUUCUAGAAGCCGCAGUAGAAGCUACUCACGUUCUAGAAGUAGGUCUCGAAAACACAAAUCCAGGUCUCACAGUUCAAGAAGUAAUAGUCGCAGCAGGUCACGCCGUAAAAGCUACACCAGAAGCAGAUCUCGUCAUUCUAGCCACUCAAAACAUUCAAAAAGUUAUGGAGAUCGUAGUUGGUCUAGAAGUAAAGAAAAAUCAGUUGAGAGUAAAGAUGUGUCAAGUAAAUCAAAUAAAGUUUCUGAACAGGAAGCAGAAUCAACAAGUGCUCUUGCUCUUGAAAUUGUUGAAGAGGAAUUGUUGAGCUCUCAGGCUUUAUUGAAACAUAAAAAAUCUAAAAAGAAGGAAAAGCACAAGACAGCAAAAAAUAAAUUACAGUCUAGUCAAAACCAAUUCAUAGUACCUGGUGGAGAUAUUGUGGUAAAGAAACGAAAGAAGAAAAGUAGGAGACCAAAGUUUAAGAAAACAUUUGUGGAAGCUUCAAGCACUUUUGAUGCAACAGAAGUGAUGGACUUUGAUGUUGAUGAUGGAGAAAUCAUUGACUCUGAAGCUGAAAACGUUGUGAUAAAUAAUGAAAACUUUGAAAAUGUUUCAAGUGAUAAUGGUGCUGCUUGGAGUAGCGAAGAAGAGGGGGAGGUGUUUUAAAAUGUUUUUUCUAAAAAUGUGUAACCGUAUUUAAUGAAUUGAAUUUCCGUGUUUAUUACCAUUUUUAACUGUGGUAAAACUUAUUAGAGUUGUGUAAUUAGUUUACUAAGUCUAUGAUACAGUAAUUUCUGCAAGGUUGAAUACUGCCCUAGAUAACAUUUAAUUUUUAUUUCGCAUUGUGAGUAGACCAUAAAAAUAGUCUUAUGAUUUUGUUGCGUAUUUUUUAUUUUCAUUCAAGUAAUGAUUUAUUGAUACAAUUUUAUAUUGCGAAUUGCCAAUAGUAUUGCAAACACAUGGUUUACUGUUGUGUUUAGUGAAUUGGAAUGGACAUAAGUCUGUGGUUCACUUUUCCUACAUUAUUUGUAAUCAAGUGUAUUUGAUCUGAAAUCCUCAAUAAAUAAUAAACAAUUAAACAUGAACAUACUUUGAGGUGUCAUAUCACGUGUGAUAUUGAUACUUAACGUUAUUUGAUAGUAGAUAUUGGAAUUAAAAUUUGUAUUUAAAACUGUAAAUUGAAGAAUAUUUAAGCUAUAUUAUUAAGUCUAGAUUUUUGUGGCACUUUGUCAGUACUAUAUUUUAAUACUUUGUGUAAGCUGAACAACUAAACCGGUACUAAUCUCAAUUAGCCAAUGAACACGAGCACCAUCAUAUAUGGCAUGUUCCUGUUGACGCAUAGCAUAAUCUGUUUCUAAAAGUAGUGCAAUGUUCUUUCUUUGUGGCAAAAUGUUUAAAGCACUUGAACUGCUCAUUUCUGAAAAACUAAUGAGAAACAAUGGAGUCCGUGUAUGUGUUAUUUUGCGACGAAUAAUAGUCAUUGAGUACAGAACAUUAACACUGUAUAUAAUUAAAAUAAAUUUUGUUAAUGAACUUUAAUUCAAGCUUAAUUUGGUCAAUUUAAUCUGAUUACAAUUAAAAUCAUUUGCAUUAAUCAAUAACAUAUUUGUGGUGGGCGUAUGAUCACGUGUAUACUAAAACUAUAAGUGAGCAUUUCAACGAACUUGUUUUUGAUUUCGCAAUCAGGUUGAAAACAGUAGACUCACUUCCACACCUCCCCAGUCAUAUGAUAGAACGACGGUGUAUCAAUGGUUAAGCAAUCGGCAUCGCCUCCCCCUUUCGUCCGGCAUAAAAUUGCAAUUUUUGCACAAGACCUGGUGUGUGCAGUAAAUGUGUGUUUUUUGUGUGCUGGGCUUGUAAGUCAUAUUUGGUUUAACGUAUUGAAAUACAUUAUUUUAUGUAUUA